AUGACGCCGCAACAAUACUGCCUUAGGUGGAAACACCACCACUCCAAUGUCCAGAGCAUGUUCGCGCAAUUGCUUGAAAAAGAGAGAUUCUGCGAUGUAACACUGUACUGCUCGCCUAACUUCGCUACACAACUGUCAAAAGAUAUGGAGACGAGUCUACGAGGGGUGUCUCUCAGGGCUCACAGGGUGGUACUGGCUGCUUGCUCGGAACUGCUGGGCACGUUACUAGGAGCGCAUGAGGCACAAGGAGAACCAGUUUUGGUUAUAGAUGGCGCUGAGCCGCAGCACGUGAGGGCCUUAUUGGACUAUAUGUAUACUGGGGAGAUGAACGUCCAUCAUUCCCAACUCGCUGGUCUCCUAAAAACAGCUGAAGAGUUACGAAUCAAGGGCUUGACAGAUAUUCGAUGGAACAAUAAAGAUGAACCACCCGAUUGCACAUCAGGCGCCGUAACAACGACGCAGAUGAAGCAACAAUCUCCCGAAGUGUAUAAAGUACCUGGCAUCACCCCUGACAUAUUUCCUGACAAGAAUGACAAAAUACGCGACAGACACACACCCGACAAGAUUGACAAGACCACGCUUGACAGAAAGUCUCCUAUCAGGAAUAAUGAUGAAGAGAAAUGUUACAAGAAUCAUUUGGAUGAUGUAGAAGUGGCGAAAGAGAAAUUCACUUUGAACGGAGGCCCGCCGCCAUUAAUUAAAUUACCUGUCAAGGAAAAAUGCAGUCCAUUAAAGAGAGAACAAUCAGAUACGGAGAGUCAAAGUCCGAAACGCCAAAGGCUCAUAAGCGGUAACGAACACAUGGAUGACGAAUCGUUAAAUAAUAUUAAAACAGAAAAGGACCAUGCCUGGCAACACGGCAAUUUGAAUAUCUCAGUCGAGAGAAUAGUUGGUUGGUGCGCAACGGACGCGGAAACCGGCAACUGGUCGCGCGACGGGUCGGACGACGAAUGGGGCGAUGCGCCGACGGACAUCGGGUCUUUCUUGCACACCAAAUUGCGUGUGGACGGCGACAAUAGUGCAGAUGAAGAGUCCGAUGAUAGCGCGUCUGCGAUGCCUGAAGCUCCAGCCCACGCGUCUUCAUCAUCAUCAACCACCAGUACUUCACACCUUGACGUGCCUAAACUUUCCAAAAGCGGUGUCGAUCCGCGAUUCUCGGAUGUCGUGAAGUUGAACGAUUAUUUGAGGCACGGAAGACGACCGCAGUUCUGGGAAGAGAGUUAUGUCAAACGGGUUAUGGACGCAGUACGCAUGAAAGAACUAGAGAUGAAGCAAGCCGCUGAAAUCCUGGGCGUGAGCUAUGGCACCUUGUAUGGAAGGUAUCGGGAUGUCUAUGGUUGCAUUAAUCGACCUUAUAGUACUAUUCGCUACACAGAACCAACAAGUAAAGGGCUGGACACAAUCGGCGGGGGCGUGGCCUGCGCUAGGGACAAGACUGGGAGCAUCAUUUUAAGACAAACGGCCCGUGACUUUUGGCAAGCGAAAGGACCUUCGGAAGUCUUGGACCGGCUUCAGAGGGGGGAGCUGAACGUGGAGGCCGCAGCUUUGGCCCUUGGAGUGAACCCUACGAAGCUUGCAGCCUACGUAAAAAAAAAACAUUGUAAGCUCAUCCGGGGGUUAUUACGCCACUGGGCCCUUUCAAGUGUUAUAACAAUUAAUAAUUCAGUUGCAGGAUACACAUUGCCAGCGUACAUGCCAGAUAUAACCAAGUUGUCUGAAGGGAAGAAAGAAGACGCGAACGCGGACAUCGAAUUGGCGUUCGAUCAGACUCUUCGUCCACGAUCUUAUAGCAGAAAAGAUGCAGUUCUUACAAAAAUAAAGAAACCUCCAGGGAAUAUAGAGGAGGAUUUAUCAGCCAGCUCUUUUGAAACACCAUUCACACCACAACCUAAUCAAAGCAAUGCGUGGCCAUCGAUCCGCGUAGCGAGCAUAGAGUCGCUUCGAGGUGGCGAAAACACUCCCUCUCCCUCACAACUCAUGAAAACACGACCGGAUCUGACAAUAAUAGCCGCGAAACGCGACAAGGAUGAAACGUGA